UAAUGGAACAAAUCUUUAUGAUAGAAGUUUUCGUAAAAAAAAUUAUAUUAAAAGUAGAACCACCACAGAAGGACGAAUAUGAGCUAAAACUGGAAGAAGAAGAACGCAGGAGGGAAGCAGAAGCUUUAGCCGCAGCGGAAGCUGCCGCCAAAGGAAAAGGGAAAGGCAAGGGAAAACCUGCCGGUAAAAAAGGAAAAGGAAAAAAGGGAAAAGAACCGCCUAAGCCAUCUGAAGAAGAAAUGAAAUUUAUGCAAACAUGUACAUUGCAAAUGAAUUGUUUACCGCUAUUUGACUUUUACGUAGCGCAUGAUAACUUUAUUCCUCCUCCACCACCACCACCGCCUGAUAAAAAAGGUAAAAAAGCAAAACCGAAAAAACCAAAGAAAGGUAAAAAAGGCCCUCCUCCAGUAAAAAUAGUUUUACCUUCAGACCCUUUGCCUCAACCACCAUAUUUCGGGGUGGGUAAUUCAGUUAUGUUUUUAUCGCGACCAUCAAAACUCGAAGAAGUUCUCAGCCAGACUCCUAUUUAUAUAACGGUAUGGAACAGAGACCAAGAAUUUAACUGUAUUGGUUUUUGCAAAGUUGAUUGGCACUAUUCUUUCUUUGAAUGUUUAAAAAGAUCUGCAGAACUAAACCCCGUGAACAUGGAUAAAGGGGAAUUCAGAGAUACAUCAAAAACUGAAAUGAUAAGCAAUACAAUAGAGCUAACGAGAUAUUUGCAAUGCGAAGAGGAUUUGAAACCUUCAGGUGAAAUAGAAUUCUAUAUUCGUUUGACGUGUAUGGGUAAUAAUGUGAUCAGUUAUUUCGUUGCUUUACCGGAGAUGGACCGAAUACCUGGACGAAAAUAUCUUAAUGAUGAAUUGAAGCUUAAAGAUUUAGAAGUUGUAAGACACUGGGAUGGAACUACUAUUGAUGCCCUGCCUCCUGUAGCAUACUUUUUCGGUGCACCUGAUAUAAGUAAAGAGCCAAUCCGACCGGUGGAAGAACCGACAGUCUACGAAGAGUUUACCGCACCGUUUACAUCUAGUGAGCUCACAAUACUAGCGAUGGGCUUCCCCAAGGGUCCAUGUGGGGGCACAAAUUGUCCCAAACGAAUGGAAUACCGUGGCAGUCAACAUCAGUUCAUUCAUGGCCAAACUGUAAAAGGAAAAUAUCAACACGGUCAAUUUGUAAAUAAGAGAGAUGUUCACGGACCUUGCGGUAGACUGGAUUGUCCAUUGGCUAAAAAAGUAAGGUCGUACCUUUGUACUGAGGGCAGUUACAAGCCAUGUAAAAAGCCUUGUCCGAAAGAUUAUUAUUAAAUUAAAAACAGAAGAUAUAC